AUGUCGUCCUCAAGCUCAGUUACCCCCAUCAUCCUCUGGUGUGUGCCUCGCUCAGUCUCCACCGCGACUGAGCGAGCCUUCAUGACCCGGCCUGACACCCGCGUGUGGCAUGAGCCUCUAGGCGACCCAUUCUACUUCUCUUCGAAGCGUCAGUGCCUUCGCUACACCGAGGAUGAAGCCAAGAAGAGCGAGCAUUGGGAGAAAGACAUCGUCGAUGUGAUGCAGUCCCUCCUUGACCCCGAAGUGGCCAACAAGGGCAGCGGCAAGGAUGCAGAGGUGGAGUACAUUUUCAUCAAGGAUAUGGCGCAGUACAUCAUGCCUGCAGAGACCCUCAAGAACAUUCAUCCCGGAUCUAGAGUCUACCACACUCCUGGUCAGGCCGGCAUCAAGGCCCAUGGUAUCAACCCCGACGGCGAAGUCCUGGAGAACCCCACGGUCAUCCCUACCGAGCUCAUGCGUCGCUUCAAGCACACCUUCCUCGUGCGAACUCCGCAGAAAGCUGUACCCAGCUACUGGAAGUGCGUACAGGAGAAGGCCGCUGGCUUCGAGUACUUUGAUGGAGCCGAGGCCGGCUUUGAGGAGCUUCGUCUGCUCUACAAGUGGAUCUCGAACCCCAACUCGACUUUCAACAAGGCUCCGGCGGAAACUUCCGCCCAAUUUUCUGGAGCCAUCCAGACACAGCCUCACCCUCCGCCCCUCGUGGAUGCCUCGGUCCUGUUGGCCCACCCCACUGAGACGAUCAAGCAUCUGUGCGAUUCUACCGGCGUCCCCUUUGCACCCUCGAUGCUCUCCUGGGAGUCCGGUCCUCAGGCCGAAUUCCAAAAGUGGGGCACUUACCACAAGGGAGCCGAAAACUCCACUGGCUUCAAAGCAGAGACGCCCAUCGAUCGUCAGGCCAAAAAGGCGGCCAAGAAGGCAGAAAUGGACAAGUCAGCAGCAACUACUGGCGCUUCAAGUCAGAGCGAAGUGGAGCUGAGGAAGGAAGACCGAUUCCCACAAGAGGUCAAGGACACUAUCACGAGGAAUAUGGAGCCAUACAAUUGGCUUUACGCAAGAAGGACGAUCAAGGGUGCUGACAAGGGCAGCAGCGCCUGA